GCCAAGCAUAGUGCCAUCUACCGUUGCUCCAGCAAGUGACACAACGACGCUCUGCGCUCACACGCCCUCUGCUGCUCGCCGGCGGCAACCCGCUUCAAAACAAGAGUGCGAGCGUGACCACCGGGCUUUCCUCGUUCAACUUUCCUCUGUCUGCGUAACCGUUUCUAUGCUCGCAAUAAGCAAGUAACGAAAUCGGGUCAGCGACCCAGAACUUGAACUAACAAUGUUUUGGUGUGCUCCUAACCCACUUGUGGGCAGCUUUCGACUUGUGUCCAUCUGCUAGCAGACGAAGCAAGAUGAGGAGCGAGGAUACAGCGGUUCUCUGCUUUCAGCACUGCGAAAAGGCAAACAUUUUGUGUCUCCAAGUGCCUUCCGAUUGUCCCAUCUGCGGUUUGGAACUGCAAGACGUCGAACUCCGCGUUCCUCCGUUUCGGAUCCCGUAUCCGUUCAAAGAAGCCAAGUCCUCACCAUGCUGCGUUGUGAUCAGGCCGUCAAGCGGAGAUUUUCUCAACCAGUAUUCGAGCACGUCUGACCUCCACACUGGCAUCACAAAUUCAAAAGGUAAAAUUUACGAGUACGGAAGCGAAGGCUUGAAAGUGGGGCAGUCGACGGCUUGGCAGCAGUGCGUCGUCGUCCCUAUCAUUACCUGUCACAAUAGUUCCUGGCAUGAGUUCUGGGACUAUACCAUAGACAUUAUCGAAAGCCAGGACGAGGAGUGGAGCAGUUCAAAGUACGAUGAACGUAGCCACAACUGCUACUCCUUCGUGAUGGCUUUCCUGCGGAUGCUGCAGCUGCCUCACCUGAAGCCGUCCCUCAAGGACAAGGUCACCUUCUGCAACGAUGUCAUCAUUCCUCACACGAGAAAUGCGGCUCGUUACAUCGCGCUCUACAGAAAGCUGCUGCAGGAGAAGCAUUACAUCAAAAGUAGCAAGAAAUAAGCUCGGAGCAGAGUGUUGCGAGACUCUGCGAGGUGAUAAGAGUGCCAAUGUCCGUUUCCGUCCCGCUGCUUUUGUUCUCUUUUUUUUUUUUUUUUUUUCUGUGCAGUUUUAGAAAGAUGCAUCUUAAGGCUGUUUUGUUCUUCAACGCUGUGCAGUUGUUGUCUGAAUAGGAGCUGUAUUUUGAUCGAGAGAUUAUUUUCUGUAGCGCCACGUUCCAAGGAAAGCCGGUCUUUCGUUGGUUGAGGCGUGUUUGUUUUUCUUUUUUUUUUUAUUAGACGUUUCUACAAGUUGUUCCGAUAGUUGCAGGGUACAGGGACCCAAACUCGGUGAAAAAAAAAAAACGUGAGUUGGGACAGAUUUAGCCCAUGAGAAUCUCAGCGUGGAUCUCCAUCUGAUGUGGUUACUGCUCCUUCAGUUUUGUUUCUUUUGCUUUCUACAGAAUGUAUAACUGACAGACAGAAAGACCUUAGAAGAAACAAAUAAAAGACUUUAUUGAAAGA